UCUUUUCAAACUGCAUUUACUUCCGGGUGUGUGGUAGUAUAUGUGAGAACACGGGGAACACUUUACACGGCGCGCCCCACGCACCCUCCGAACUGCAACCCAUUUGGACUCGUUACGCUGUGGAUUUGAGCCUACUUUGUACGAAACCCCUGGGUGACAUUAUUUUGUCCCCGGAAGCCUCGUCACGUCCGGCGCUUUGGCACGUUUUAGGGCGCCGCUAGCCGCGUUAGCUUGGCGUUAGCCUGGCGUCACUUCCUGCAUUGGAAAUCGGUGGCCCAAAACAAACCAAAGUUAACCUAACCGUGAUGGACCUACAAGUGGGAUCGGAACCCAUGACUCUGGGCUCCCCGACCUCCCCCAAGCUCACCCAUAGUGCUCAGUUCCUGCCGGGCUUCCUGAUGGGCGACCUGCCCGCACCCGCCAGCCCUCAGCCACGCCCCUUCAGCAUGACCGCGCCCCUUCUGGAAAGCACCGUCCUCAAAGGAGGCGCAGGAGGCUCAGCCCCGCACCCCAUGGUCCCCACCCCAAAGGACAAGAGCGGCGCUCCGCCCGUGCGCAGCAUCCACGACGGCCUGGUUACCGUGGGAACGCCCCUCAGUGCGCAAAGACAGUCUUUUCCUAGCAUGCAGUCUCCAAUGUCGGCACGCCAGGCGUCCACUUCAGGGUUGCAGCAGCUGUGCCAGUCCCCAGCUCAGAUGGACCCUUUCUACAGUCAGGGAGAGGCGCUGUCCUCCGAAGACCACCUGGACCAGACCUGGGUCACUGUCUUUGGCUUCCCUCUAGCCUCUGCCUCCUACAUCCUGCUGCAGUUUGCUCAGUACGGAAACAUCCUCAAACAUACUAUGGCGUCUCCCGGCAACUGGAUGCAUCUCCAGUAUCAGUCCAAACUUCAGGCUCGUAAAGCUUUGUCCAAAGACGGAAAAGUCUUCGGAGAUGCCAUCAUGGUGGGCGUCAAACCCUGUAUAGACAAGAGCGUGAUGGACAGCAGCGAGGUGGCCUCCUCCCCUCUGGCUAGCUCCUCCCUCCCUUGCACGCCGCGCUCGGCCAUCAGACCGCUUAGCGCCACCUACAGAAACUCUGCCAGCGAAUACCAGGUGGUGACAGACAGUCACACACCCAUGAAGGACGACAGCUUUGUCUCCAAGGCAAUGGAGUACAUGUUUGGAUGGUGAAGUCAUCACCAGACACUUGCUGCUGAUUGGAUGAGGAUAACGUGUGUGUGCGUGCUUCUUUUAUAGGGUCUAUUUUAUAAUGUUUCAAUAAAGUUUGUACAUUACUUGAUGUCGCCUGGAGUGUUUCCCUAGUGGCCACCAGAGGGUACUGUUGACCUGCCUUUGUCACACAGGCUGUCCCGCCCACAAAUAGUCACUUUACCCAAUAAGCAGGCGAGUACACAAGUGCUUAUAUGAUUGAAAUAGAUUUAGUAACAGUAGCAUAAAUGCUAGCUGCUAUUUUAGCCUCUACAUUCCCUAGCUGGCCGUUAGCCGCGUGUGGUAGCUGCUAAAUGCCACUUGUGUGUCUACAAACUGUAGCGUGUGCUUGUGUUCUUAUACUACGUUUACAUGUGUCAAUAACCCCCACUGUCGGUUGUCAUGGGAACACGGACAGGAAGUACAUGUUUAUAAGACACUACACGUUGAGUUCGCUGAACUCAGUUUAACCGCGGCAACUUUUCCAUCACUAAUGAAGACAAAAGGCAGCAAUUUCAGUGCGCAAAUGUGUUUGGAAAGUUAUUUUUGUUUGUUAUUUCACAAUUUUAUUGCGCAAAUGUAUUUGGAAAAUUAUUUUUGUUUUUGUUUCAAUAUAUUUUGUUUUUCAUAAUGUUUUACAUAUUUCACGUGUUUUCAUUCUUGACGUGGUUUGUGUUUGAAACGUUUUGUGUUCCGUAUAUUUUAUGUAUUUCAUGUUUUAUGUUUUCAUUUAGUUCAUUUAGUUUUCUGAAACGUUUACUUUUUUAUCUGUAUGUGAAAUAUGUAUGUUUUUUAGACAUUGCAGGUGUUUUAAAUAUUUUUGUGUUUGUGUGUUGUCUUGUAUUUUAUGGCUUUCAUGUUUCUUGUGUGCUUAAUACAGUGGUGCCUUGACAUAUGAGUUUAAUCUGGUAUAUGGGCAUUCCGUUUUCGUCAGAUAUUCCGUGUUCCGCGUUAGUCACGUGACGUUCCGCAUAUACCGGAUUCAUUCAGUGACUGCUUGUAUCUCAAAUCAUAUUGACCCAUUCAAAUGAAUAAAAAUGCAAUUAAUCCGUUCUAACAA